AUGGCUGCCGCCGAGUCCCUCAUCGACCUCCAAGAUACUUAUAACGAAAAGGAGGACGAUAUAGACUCUCUACCCUCAACAUCGACAACCACAAGCGAUAUUUACUCCGACGCCGACUCCGACGCCCAGGCCGAAUGGGACCGAUCCCUAGAGCAGCUACAACUGCUCUUGACCAUGAUGAUUGUCCCAUGGAUGGGGAAAUAUUUUGGCAGAAAAUUCGCCUACUGGAGCUGGGGAAGAUACAUGGAAUGGAUGCAUGGAGUCGAAGUGCGGUGGACGAACAAGAAGGCCUUUAAGGCUGUUGGCAUAGCAGAGACGGCUGCUACCUUAUAG